AUGAGGCUCAAUGAUUUUAACUUGCAGUCAUCCUCGUUGAAGAGACUCAAGGGGGUGCGGAGAGGGUUUGCAGCAAAUAGAGGUGGAUCGCUGCCGCCGGAGCUUCCGUUUCGAGGGUAUCCCGGUAGCAGAACAAUCAUGUACUCCUGCGUUGCAGCCUGCCUCGGCAUCUGGACGGCGUGGCAUUGGAGUAUGGGAAAUUUCCCUCCCAAGACAGAGGGCCCUGACAAGCGGCCACAAAACGCCACGCAAAGGAAGACAUUCGAUAACCUGCUCAAACACUUCACUGUCAAAUUAGAUGACGUGAAGCAGCAAAGAUGGUGGACGCUGGUCACCCCUGCGUUCAGCCACAUCCAGACCUAUCACAUCGUGGGCAACUUGUUCACCUUCUCCACAUUUUCGAGGAUGCUACUCUGGUACGGAAUUGCUCCUCUGCGCUAUGGACAACUAAUUCUGGUCUCCGCCGUUGCGGGCAAUGCGGCAUUCUUGUACCAGGCAUCCCAGAGACAGCGUCAACACGAUGGGAACCGCUGGCUGCAAUCCAGGGCGCUUGGCUUGUCGGGGGUAGUCAUGGGUCUGGGUGCUGCGGUGUCGUUGGCCACUCCGAAAGCCAAGGUUCUCCUCUUCGGCGCCAUUCCCAUGCCGGUCUGGCUGCUGAUGGUGCUAUACGCCGCUUACGACUCUGCAAGACUAGAGGACCAAACCUCCACUGUCGGGCACGCGGCACAUCUCGGUGGAGCUGCUUUCGGGGCCAUCUACUAUCUGGUCGCGCUGCGGAGCAAAGCAGCGCUUCCGUAUGCCUGGAUGUUCAGAUCUUAA